GACAACUUGAACCUAUCUAUAUAUGUGACAUGUUCUACGUUCAUUAAGCUUGACUGGUAAAAAAAACAACAUAUCUUGAGAAAGGAUGUAUUUCUGUGUAUUGAAGAUAGUGACAAUGUGGAGUCUCUAGAACAUCUUGAGUGACGAUAGAGAAACAUUCCUGGUGCGUUUCUUUUCAAAUGUAAUCGUCUGUUUCACGACUCAUCGCAAGUACCUAUUCUGACUAUAGGCAACGGGUUCGAGAAAUAUCUUGAUUAUUCCUCUUAGAAAAUCUGAGCUCUGAAGAGUUGAUAAAAUGUCAUUUUAUAUAUCGGAAAACUGAUGUCAUAAAGUCUUCAAGAAUCUAGUAUUAGUAUCACUUAUAAGAAACCUUGAGAACUCGAAAGUCUUUAGAAGCUGGAAAAGUCUGAAAACACUUCAUCUAGUCAGGAUUAGACAGGAAAUCUCCAGUGUUCCGGAAAAGCUGUGGAUCGUCAUAUUCCGUCUGGAUGAUUAUUGAUUUUGGCAUGUUCCCGGCUUUUCGAACACCAAGGUCAAAUAUAAAUUUAUAAAUAUCCUUGGUUUCUGGAUCUAAAUUAGUCAUCGGUGCUUGUCGUAUUCUCUGUUCAAGUCCCAAGUCCGUCAGGUUUUUAAUCAUCAUACAAAUCGGUUAGACUGAAACUUCAAGUCAUUGAGUUAUAGACACACUCUAGGUUAGCCAAAUAUAUCUAGGCCUUUAUCCAUCAAAACCAACCCAACUAAAAUCAUAAAAAUCUUGACCUAUGUUUUCAUGGUUUAGCGUAAAUGUUUGUACUGUUCAUAUUUGUAUCUGAGUGUUAUCGAUUCAAUGUUUAUGCAAAAAAGGACAAUCGAUGAAACAUAUUUCAUCUCUGUAUUUAAUGAAUUUCCCAGUUAGUUGGGUGAAUGUUUAACAGAUUGAAUCUUUGGUUCAAUGUUAAUGUUCUGAUAGCUUGAUUUCCAGCAUUGUUGGGGUAAACAUAUGGACAAGUGUACUCAAUUUAGUCCUACUAUAUUAGGUCAACAAAAUAAAUUGUACUUUCUUUUCGAGAAAAUAACUUAACAUUACCAUUCAAAGCAUUUUUCCAGUGAUGUGGUUUUGACAUCUAGUCAAGAACAAUAUAGAACCUGACCAAUAUACGAACCGGACGUAGUUUAACAGGUAGACUAACAUCUCGCCUAGACUAGAGCGAAAGCGUCUACCACUGUCAGACGUCGUAUGUAUGUCUACCUCCAGAUUCAGUCAUUUUCAAGUUAUCCCUGGAUUUUUACGACGGCAGAUCGGGCUUUCUAGGUAACUGAAAACUGGAUCGAUCCGAAAGUGCAAAUAUGUUCAGUUGAAGUUGUACACCACUAACUGUUUAUCCCAAUCUCUAUAUAAUAAAAAAGUGAAAUUUCAUCGCCGAAACCUAGUUUUGUUUAUUACAUAUCUGUUGAGUCAAUCGAAGAAAUAAUGAAUGUACUUCCAACAGUGUUUGACACCAGUGAUAACGAAUUUGUUAUAAUUCAUCAAACUGUCGAGUCGAUAGUUUAAUAGCGCAUUUAAAAACCCGCCGAAGUGUGAAGGAUAUCGCGGUUCACAUGGUCAAGUUUGUGUCAUAGUAAUGAGUUUUUCAUCAAAAAUCUCGAUUUCAUUAACCAUUCUUUCCAAGACGAAUUUUUUCCUGCCAAAAUUACGUAAAAUUGCAACAAAACAACUAGGUCCUGCAUAACAGUAAAACGUUUGUCAAGCUAAAAAAACAGUUCAAACAAUGAAGUCUAAAUAUUUAAAUUCUAUAUUAUUAUUCGUAACCAAAGCUGAAUUGAAUUAAAUCUUGGUUAAAAUACCCUUUUGGACAUCCUGUAUAUAUGUUAAGUAUUUCAAUCAAAUCGACAUUACUCAUGCAUGUUUGUUUUUUGUUAAGGUUCAAUACUGUCUCAACAAGUAAAUCCUAUUGGUAUUUCAAGAUGAAGUUGACUAUUACGUAAUAAUGUAAGAUUAAUUUCUUUACCACUGACCUGGUAUGAUUUCUAAUUUAUUUCUAGACCCAAUGGUACGUAUCAAAAAUCGAUACCUCGUUUGUUUCAUUUCGAUUCAACCUCAAAAUUCCAAUUCAUUUAUACCAGGUUAUCCUGGCUGCCAAAAGGAGGAUACAGCGGCGAUGCGCUUGAGCGAGUCUGAUUUAUUAGCCACGAUAAAACAAAACAUCACCCUUACACACGGUUCACUUGGAGUCGGUAAAUGUAUGUCUCGCUUAAGAGUAAUUCACUGGUGUCCUGCUUCCGGUUUAUUGAUUAUACGUUGCCUUCGUAGCAUGUCUGUUUACGUCCAAACAGCACUCUCUUUGGUUACUCACUUAGAUCUCAAUGGACAAAAAAGGAAAUCGGUAAUCGACAUUUAUCAUACAAGCGGUACAGUCAGAGGCUGUCAAAAAUUCCUAGUCAUGUUUUACUCUCAUAAUUUAUUCUCAAGACCAGAACAAUUAUUUCGAACAGCCUUGUCUAUUGCCGUUGAACGAAAUAUGAUUUCUCCAUAUCCACCAUACAUCAAUGAAGAAUCCUAAUUUUCUAUUUAUUUAAUAAACUACAGAGUAUUAUGGUAAAAGUCUUAUCUGUUACAUAUUGAUAUAAAAAUAAAAUGUUAAGAUUAUGUAUCAAACGAAAUUUAACUUCACAAAAAACAGCUUAGACGUA